AUGAACAGCACGAUUGACUUUAGUGAUAUCCUGUUAGAAAGUAUUGCUGAAAAUGGUACUUUUUAUGAGUUUGAUACGGAAUUACUUACAGAAAAAAUAUCAAAGGCAUUGGCGUACUGUCUUUUGUUUGUCAUUUCCAUGGCUGGAAACAUUCUUAUCUUAUCGGCAAUUUACAGAGACAAACGAUUGAGAACCAAUGUUAAUAUCUUGGCCUUCAACGUGGCUAUCUGUGAUAUUCUAGCAACUUUGGUACAACUCCCCGUUCAAACUGUUUAUGCGAUUAACAGUUAUAAAUGGGCGAUUGGCGGCAAAGCUGGGGCUAUUCUUUGUAAAUUUGGAUGUUUUCACGUUGAUCUCUGUUUCGCUGUUUCUGUCUACAGUUGUCUUUUUGUUGCCAUUGAUCGUUAUUACGCAGUGGCUCAUCCAUUUAAAGGAGGUCGCUUUAGCAGAUCGACACUCAAGUACAUCAUUCCAGGGAUUUGGAUCUUUGCAGGGAUCAUAUGUCUGCCUACUCUGUACAACGUCGAUCUUGCCAAAUACAACGAACACUUUUACUGUAUUGAAGACUGGUUAGAGAAUGAUCAAGUUUCCUUGCCGAAGUAUUAUUAUUUCUACAUUCUUAUCCUAUUGACGAAUGGUAUGCCGUUCUUUGCUGUGGCAGCUCGGUAG